AUGCAGGACUUUCUAGAUGAUCUCAAGGUCUACCUCAUAGGUGAGGGCAGACGAGUGUUGAGUAGUGUAGUGGAAAGAGAAAGAGAAGGGAGAAGAAAAGAUGUGGGCAGGAAUGCACCAUCUGUUGGAGGCUUAACGCAAUCCGACAUGAGCUACUUUGCAGAGGAGGCGGAGGCGUUGGGCAAUGCCUUGAUGGCCAACUACUACAUCCAGCAUAUGCUGGCGCAGAAUCCAAAAUCGAAGGAGACACUGAUUGCAGCUGGGUCAUUCUUCGCACGAGUGGACAAUCGCGAAGCGGCCCUUGUGUGCCUCAGGCGAUGUCUUGAGAUGACCCCCAACGAUGUAGAAAUACUGUGGAAAGUGGGAACCCUCCUUACCGAGAUGGGGAAGUUGGAUGAAGCCAAAAGCCUCUUAGAGGCUGCUUCGGAUAUCGCACCCUCUCAUCCUACUGUCCGCAUCAUCUUAAGUGCGUACUCAAACCACCUUUACCAUUCAGAUCUUUUCUAUGAGUCCUUAUACAACACAUGGAACUUCGAGCGCACUUUGACCAUCACGAACCAGCUCCAAUCUCAACACAGCAUCACCUCCAAAGCAGUUAAGUGGGAGGAUCAGGAGGAAGCGGACGCAAAGUCGGAGUAUGCGAAUUGUGCUGACCUCAUUGGCACCAUUGACAGACUUCUUGAAUUAAAAGCAAGUGCGCUUGCUGAUGUUACGUUGGCACGCCUACUGCUACACAUUAAGCAAUAUCGCUGCACGUUGGGAGAUGUGAGAGCGGGGGAGGAUUUGUUGGAGGAUCUCAAAUUGCCGGAUGGAGUGACUAGAUCAAGCAAAGCGUACAGAGAUUACAUGCACGAUCUUAGUGCUUACCAUCGUCUGGUGGCUUGUCACAUGAUGCAGUCAAGGGAUGAGGAGAAGAGGCUUCUACAAGCGCAGAUGCAUCUCAAGGCUGCCUUACAAGCACAGCCGGAGUGUGUAGACAACUGGGCAUGCAUGGGUAGGCUAUGCUAUCAGCAGGGUAAUAAGGAAGGAGCUGUUGAAUGCUUCGAGAGAGCUAUGCAGCUGGAGACGUGGUCGAGUAAGCAGCAUCGUGGAAUUCAACUCCAACUUGCUCGUUGCUAUGCUGAGAUGAAGGAGUUCGAGAAGAGUAAGGCGCAAUACCUGCGAUGUUGCAGUGAGCACCCAACACCAGUUUCUUGGAAGGGUGUUGGAGUGGCCUGUUUCAGAAUGAGUAGAUGGGAGGAGGCUGAGGUGGCCCUCCAAGAGUCCAAUCGUUUAAAUACACGUGAUGCAGACGUAUGGGCUUACCUCGCAAUGAUCUGUCUCAAGACGAAUAAGCGUCCUCAAGCAGAAAUGUGUCUUCAGUCAGUUCAUAUGGUACGGCUCAGCAUUGUUGUCUAUACUCAGGAGGUGGUUGAGUUGCGACCCCAUUCCUUCUCCUUCCUCUGA